AUGGUGCAGGAGAAGAAUGACGGAAUAAACAAUGACAUGGUCCAUCCACCAAUUCAACAGAGUAGACCCCCUUUGUCCUGGGACUUGAAGAUGAAGAAAAAGCUCCAGACCGUACCUGCCUGUCUGGGCAAGUUCAGACCAAUUGUUGGCCAGUGCUGCCACCAGUGCUCCCCGGAAAGUCUGAGAACAAAGCUUGGACCAAACUCUUCCCUCGGUUUCCACAACCUGCUGAGUGUCAACGAGACGCACACCAGGUAUCAAGGCUGGCUGGUGCGGAGGGUGUGCUGCGCGCUGUUUGUGAGUGGGUGUAAGGUUUACGCGAGUCCUGCUAGCAACAGACUGGAGAGAGUCUGUCAGAGCAACAGGGUGAAGGAGGCACUCACAGCAGAGCAUAAAGCACCAGAGGGGGCAGACAGCCGAGGGCAGAUCAACUGCCUCUCACCAUUCCUCCCCCUCAUUAACACCUGCAUCUUCCCUGGCUUCUCACGAUUCAUGGGCUGGGUGAUGCUGAAGAUGUUUUCCUCCAUAUUUGACAGUAUUCAAGUAAACCUAAAUCAUCUUCAAGCAUUGCACAGAGCCUCACAGGAGGGAUCUCUGCUGGUUUACGUGUAUGUGCGUCAGAGCAUCAUGGACUGUGCUCUCAUCCCUCUGGUGCUCUUCUCUCACAAUCUGAGAGUCCCAUACACUGUUUGUCCCAUUCAGGUUCGCAGCUGCUUCCUAAGAUCAAUCCUGCAGAAAGUAGGCGUGGUCCUCCUGCCACCAUCUGCAUUGACUGAGCAGGAUGCUGAGGUGGACAGUCUCUACUCACCUGUCGUGACCUCUCUCUUAGAUGAGCUGCUACAUGAGGGUCAGGCGAUAAGUGUUGGUGUGUCAGCAGAGUCUGGCCAAGGUGGCCAGUGGCUGGCUCGCAUCACACAGCUCAUCAAAGAGGGAUCUGUCCCCGAUGUCAGUCUUGUCCCUGUGGGCAUCUCCUACGACUGUGUGCCCAAGACCCGCAUGCAGGUUGGCUUAAGCUCUGUGUUGCAGUGGCUGUGGUCUCUUCUCUGGAGGAGACCGGGAGGAAGUGUGAGGAUCCACCUCGCUCAGCCCUUUUCUCUUAAGGAGAUGUGCGAGUCAAGAAGGUGCAGAGUAGAUGAAUGGCUCCCUCUACAGGACCUGUUGCUGCCUGUUAUCCUCUACAACAGAACUGACGGUGUGUAUGGGCAGAGGAGGAUGUCGUGGCUCCUUCCUUCUUCUCAUUAUGCAUCUGAACUCAAAGAGGCAGUUCACCCAGAGAGAGACCUCUGCGUUGCCAUCAUCCUCCACCUCAUCUUCUCUGCAACCUCCUGCAUGGCUGUGAUGUCCACCAGUCUGGUUGCCAGUCUUUUGUUGUACAGGCACCACAAGGGCGUGAGUGCAUCUCUCCUGUGUCAUGACGUGGCCUGGCUCACGGAGGAAAUCUUGUUCAGGAUCAAAGACGUCGGUUUUGGGGGGAGUUUAGCAGAGGUUGUUCACUAUUCCCUCUCUCUGCUGGCCCCUCAUCUCAUCAUUGCUGCAGUGCCAUCUAGGAAAGAUGCUUUUAUUGUGCCCCGUCCUUCUCUUGCUACCACACUACACCUCACCCUCCAGGCCCAGAUUGUCAAACACACCUUUAUUAGGGAAGCUGUUGGUGCGUGUGCUGUAUCUUCAUUGCUGUGUGAGGUGGCCAGCAGUGGUGUCGGCAGCCGGGUGAGGAGUGGCGGCGUGGAUGGGGAGGAGACGAAAGAUGACAUGGAGUUUGAUGUGGUGCUCUGCCAGUCUGAGCUGACUGAGAGAGCCCUGCAGCUCUGCCAUCUCCUACCUCCGGGCUUCAUGCCACCCUGUCAGUCGUCCCACAGUUUUGCUCUGGAUGCAGUUGACAGUCUGGUCCACUGUGGCAUCCUGAUUAUGGAAGAAAUUACCCGAGACGUUCCCAUCUGUGAUUUCUGGAAGAGGGGGGGCUGUCUGACCUGGACCACCACUGAUGACCCUUAUUACAGCGACUCUGACUGUGAGAAGCAGGAUGUGCAUUCCUACAAGAUAAGCCAACCUAGUCAGUGCCCAGAGAUGCUCUUCUUCUUCUGCAGUAUGCUAGCCGGUCAUCUGAGGGCGCUGUGCUGGACCGCCACUGGGCUGGACCUCCUACACACACCUCUGCUGAAAGCAGAGUUUGUGGCUCAGAUACACUCCCAUCUGUGUGACACAGCAAGCAAGAAGAAUCAGCACUAUGAGAGCUGCUCAGAGGAGGCUGCACACACUGCAGUUAGAACACUAAUAGACCUGGGGGUCCUUUCAGAGGAGCGUCAGAAAGGAGGCGUCUUCCUGGGUGUCAGUCCUUUGUUCCAGUUGUCAGAAAACAGGCAGAAACUGCACCGCUUCAUCUCACAGUACCUCUACAAUUAA